AUAUAAUGUGCGCCUCUCUACCUUUAAAAGAACCACAUGCCGCAAGGAAUCAAUUGACACCUACUGAAGAAAAGACACUCUCAUCAUGGAUUAUUGAUAUGGACCAGCGUGGCCUACCUCUACAAAUCUCUACUGUACACUACUUGGCACAGUUAUUACUGUCUGCACAGCUAUCCUCCCAGACUGCCUAUGUGGGAGAGUGUUGGGUUACUUGGUAUAUUUGAUGCCAUGAUGAACUCUCCUCUAAAUACAGUUGAAAAUAUGACUACCAGUAUGCCAAAUGUGAAGAUCCAGAGUUCAUCAUGGGGUGGUAUAAGCGCUUCCAUGAUGUUAUUGAAAAAUAUGGAAUUUAUUCAGCAAGAUAUCUACAAUAUGGAUGAAACUGGAUUUCAGAUGGGCAUGAUAUCCACAGCCAAAGUUAUAUGUGGCUUAGAGACUCAGGCAAGCAAUGCCAAAGCCUUACAGCCUGGGAAUCAUGAAUGGGUAACUGCUAUUAUUGCAGUAAAUACAACUGGAUAGACUUUGCCUCCCCAGAUUAUCCUGGCUGCAGAAAACCAC